GCUGUUCCUUUAACCCCUUUGGCUUGCUCCUCCUUGGAGGCGAGCGAGGCGUGCUGCAGUGUCUGGGAACCCACCUAGAGGGCCCCCUUGACGCCAGCACAUCCCCUGUCAGGCAGCAGUCUCUGCAGCCGGUAGGGCUGCUGCAGAGUUAAUGUACAGUACCACGGAGCCUGCAAGUGUCCUGAGCUGCUCAGAGCUGGGCGGCACAGCCCAGGGCAGACAAGGCGGCUGCGACGACUCCAAAGGUUCUGCUGGAAAUUCGGCGCUGGGGGACCCCAGCAGGAGCCUGUUGCCAUUGUGUUUUAAAAGCAUGCAAGGUCUGUAUGGCUUGGGCAUGAGAAUCUUUCAGGAGAUGUCAGAGCAUCAGAGUAAAUGACACCUAUUGGGGAAUUGAAUAGGGGACAAAAAAAAAAAAAAGAGAGAGAGAGAAAAGAGAGAGAAAAGGACAGACAGUGGGAAAGAAAUUCUUAGACAACGCCUGGCUCACAGCUGGGAAAUUCAUUUUCUUAACAAGGCAAAAUAUGAAAAGCCCGCCCAUGGUUUUGAUAACAACAAAUUAAAGGGGCUUCUGCAGUGAAAGGAUCAAUAGCUUAGUCAUUUUACUUAAAGAGAGCAGACAGCCUUACUAUGGGGUUAGGCAGCUGAAAUGAUUUUCUUCAUGACAGCACCUUCUGAAGUCAGGAUGGUCACUGAUGGUUAUCCUGCCCUGCAAAGCAGAAAUUGCUCAUUGCCUUCCUACUUUUGCAGUUGAAAACCAGCAAUUCUGUGAUUUGGGGAAGAAGUUGGCUUUGGUUAUACAUGGUUUCUAGCCCCUCUGCCCAGGUCUUUGUCCGACACGUCUCAGAAGGCAGCACUGCGUUAAAGUGACCACACAUGAAUAUGUGCCUAAGAAAGAAGAAAAAGCAAUAUUCAUUUCUAAAGGACAGCAUGGCAAAGCAACCUGAAGUUUUCCGUUUCCCUUCUAAUACGUCUUUAACAAGGAUAACAAGAAACUGUCUUUUGACUCCCUUUUUUCCACAUUCCAGAGUCCUUCCUGCAAGGAUGCAUUAAUUUACACUCUAGGCGGUUGGAUUUUUACCAGGACAAUAUUUGCCACCAUUUAGGAUAAACGAAUGAACUGGUUAUUUUAGUGUUUUGACUAAUUGGUGGAACCUAAAUGGAUGGACUCAUACCUGCAGUGCUCUGUGAUGUUUCUUUCUUCAAAUCCUGGAAGGGCUUUCGUUGUUGCUAUUUGCUUUUUGGGGGGAUUUUUUUGGAAUUCAAUACUUGUUGCAAUAAUUGCCCAUGAUAGCUGCUCAGACAGGAGAGUUGGGAUUCAUCUGUGAAAAUCAUCUCAUGUAACAUAUGAGACCAGGAAAAUAUCGAUGAGAGAAGAUCUGCAAACAUGAUGCACGUGAAUAAUUUUCCCUUUAGAAGGCAUUCCUGGAUAUGUUUUGAUGUGGACAAUGGCACAUCUGCGGGACGGAGUCCCUUGGAUCCCAUGACCAGCCCAGGAUCUGGGUUAAUUCUCCAAGCAAACUUUGUCCACAGUCAACGUCGGGAGUCAUUUCUGUAUCGAUCCGACAGCGAUUAUGACCUCUCUCCAAAGUCUAUGUCCCGGAACUCCUCCAUUGCCAGUGAUAUACACGGAGAUGACUUGAUUGUGACUCCAUUUGCUCAGGUCUUGGCCAGCCUGCGAACUGUACGAAACAACUUUGCUGCAUUAACUAAUUUGCAAGAUCGAGCACCUAGCAAAAGAUCACCCAUGUGCAAUCAGCCAUCCAUCAACAAAGCCACCAUAACAGAGGAGGCUUACCAGAAACUGGCCAGCGAGACCCUGGAGGAGCUGGACUGGUGUCUGGACCAGCUAGAGACCCUGCAGACCAGGCACUCUGUCAGUGAGAUGGCCUCCAACAAGUUUAAAAGGAUGCUUAAUCGGGAGCUCACCCAUCUCUCUGAAAUGAGUCGGUCUGGAAAUCAAGUGUCGGAGUAUAUAUCAAACACAUUCUUAGAUAAGCAACAUGAAGUGGAAAUUCCUUCUCCAACUCAGAAGGAAAAGGAGAAAAAGAAAAGGCCAAUGUCUCAGAUCAGUGGGGUCAAAAAGUUGAUGCACAGCUCCAGCUUGACCAAUUCAAGCAUCCCUAGGUUUGGGGUUAAAACUGAACAAGAGGACGUCCUUGCCAAGGAACUAGAAGAUGUGAACAAAUGGGGUCUUCAUGUGUUUAGAAUAGCAGAGCUGUCUGGUAACCGGCCUUUGACUGUUAUCAUGCAUACCAUCUUUCAGGAACGGGAUUUAUUAAAAACAUUUAAAAUUCCAGUAGACACUUUAAUUACAUACCUUAUGACCCUGGAAGACCAUUACCACGCUGAUGUGGCCUACCACAACAAUAUUCAUGCUGCCGACGUUGUCCAGUCGACACAUGUGCUGUUAUCUACACCGGCUUUGGAGGCUGUGUUUACAGAUUUGGAGAUUCUUGCAGCAAUUUUUGCCAGUGCAAUACAUGAUGUAGAUCAUCCUGGUGUGUCAAAUCAGUUUCUGAUCAAUACAAAUUCUGAACUUGCCUUGAUGUACAACGAUUCUUCUGUCUUGGAGAACCAUCAUUUGGCCGUAGGCUUUAAGUUGCUUCAAGAAGAAAACUGUGACAUUUUCCAGAAUUUGACCAAAAAGCAAAGACAAUCAUUAAGGAAAAUGGUCAUUGAUAUCGUACUUGCAACGGACAUGUCAAAACACAUGAAUCUACUGGCUGAUUUGAAAACGAUGGUUGAAACUAAGAAAGUGACAAGUUCUGGAGUGCUUCUGCUCGAUAAUUAUUCUGAUAGGAUUCAGGUCCUCCAGAACAUGGUGCAUUGUGCGGACCUGAGCAACCCCACGAAGCCUCUCCAGCUGUACCGCCAGUGGACGGACCGCAUAAUGGAGGAGUUCUUCCGCCAGGGGGACCGAGAGAGAGAGCGGGGCAUGGAGAUAAGUCCCAUGUGUGACAAGCACAAUGCCUCUGUGGAAAAAUCACAGGUGGGCUUCAUAGACUAUAUCGUUCAUCCUCUCUGGGAGACAUGGGCAGACCUUGUACAUCCUGAUGCCCAGGACAUUUUGGACACUUUGGAGGACAAUCGCGAAUGGUACCAGAGCACAAUUCCUCAGAGCCCCUCCCCAGCACCUGAUGACCAGGAGGAGGGCCGGCAGGGUCAGACCGAGAAGUUCCAGUUUGAACUCACUUUAGAGGAGGAUGGCGAGUCAGACACUGAAAAGGACAGUGGAAGCCAAGUAGAAGAAGACACUAGCUGCAGUGACUCCAAGACUCUCUGUACUCAAGACUCGGAGUCCACCGAAAUACCCCUUGAUGAGCAGGUCGAAGAAGAAGCAGAAGAGGAAGAGGAAGAAAGCCAGCCUGAAGCCUGUGUAAUAGAUGAUCAUUGUCCUGACACGUAACAGUGCAAAAGACUUUCAUGCCCUUUUUUUUUUUUUUUUA